GUCACCGCCAUGGCGGUGUCGGAGGUGCUGCGGCAGCUGAGCCGCCGAGCCUGGGAGCCCGCGCUGGCCCGGGCGCACCGCGCCGCCGUCCUCAUGGACGCGCCCUCCGCCGAGGCGCUGCACUGGGCCGGCGGGGCGGGCGAGCUGCUGGCGGCCGGGGCGCUGGCUGUCAGCGCGCUGUCCGCCGAGGCGGCGGUGCCGGCGGGGGCGGCCUGCGUCGUGUUCGUGGUGAGCGGGACGCUGCGGGGCGGCGCGGCGGCCGCGGUGCGCGGCGUGCUGGAGCGGGGCGCCGUGCGGCACUGCGUGCUGCUGUGCGGCGACGAGGCGGAGGGCGGCGGGGCGGCAGAGCUGGAGGAGACCUUGCGGAGGUGGAUGGGCGAGGGCGGCUGCGCCGAGGUGCUGCUGCGGGGCCCGCCGCUCCUGGCGCCCGUCUCGGCGGAGCUCUGCCUGCUGCCCGCCCUGGCAGCGCUCCUCCCGCCGCUGCGCGGCCCCGGCGGCCCCGGCUCCGCAGAGGUCGGGCUGGGUGCGCUGCCUGCUGAGCUGCGGGCGGCGGUGCGGGCCCUGGUGGGUGAGCUCGACUCUCUCUUCACCGCCCUCGGUCUGCGGGAGGAGAGCUUCGCUGUGGGGGCCCUUAGCAGGGUCGUCGCCGCUGAGCUGGCAAGCUACGCGUCAGCCAGAAACAGGAGGAGGACAGCCACCAACAAGGCCUCUGUCAUCUUCGUGGACAGGACGUUGGACCUUGCUGAAUUCAAAACCAUCACCUGUGCCUUGAACACUGUUGCUCAUGAAAAGCUGCUGAGCAGUCUGUUCACUCUCCUCAGAAGUGGAGCAGUUGGUCAUCAUGGCGACAAUCUUGCAGAGAAGAUUUUUUCUGUGCUUCCUAAACUUCCUGGCCACAAGACUGAUGUAAUGGUUAACAUGGUGGAACUUACAGCACUGCAGACUACAGAUGAAACUUGCAGUAUUAUAGCACCUGGCUGCUUAGCACAACCAAAUGAUCCAGCUGCCAAAGCUCUCUGGGAGUCCUUCAUGAACCUCAAACAAAAGGAAGCUGUGAUGGAGGCCAGGAGACACCUUGUGGAGGCUGCAAGCAGAGAAAAUUUACCUAUUAAGAUGAGCAUGGGCAGAGUCACCCCCGAGCAGCUCAGCUCAUACAUUCAGCUUUUCCGAAACAAUCUCAAAGCUUUGGAGAACCACUGUGGUCUUCUACAGCUUGUGCUGGCUACAGUCCAGACUUUGAAACACCCCCAGACUUCCAAAUGGGACAAUUUCCUUGCCUUUGAGAGAUUACUUCUGCAGACUAUUGGCGAGUCAGAAAUGCCCAGUGUUUUGAACCAGUUAUUGCCAAUGAUCAAGUCUUACAACGAAAGGACAAAAGAUGAUUAUGCCUGUGAAGACUUUCUUGUUUUGCUGAUAUACAUCUAUUCUAUGGUUGGAGAAAUCAAAUGUGAAAAAGAGCUCGACACAGCUGAAGAAAAGGUGAAAAGGGCCCUUGUCAAGGCAAUUUGUGAUGAGCCAGAGCUGUCUCCUUUGUUGCAGAAAAUUACAGGCUGUGACUCAUCACUGAACCUGACAUCUCAGAAAGCCACAGAUGCAGUGGACGGCAUCUUCCGGUCCCUCAGGGAUAUUGCCAGAGUCAGAAUGCACAUGAAACAGUUUCAUUCCAUACAUAAUCCAGGCAACAACACCCACCAGGCUUCUUACAAACCUCUGCUGAAACAGGUGGUGGAAGAGGUCUGUAAUCCCGAUCGGCCCGAUCCUGUUGAUAUUGAGCAUAUUUCAUCGGGCCUCACUGAUCUCCUUAAAACUGGAUUCAGCAUGUUCAUGAAGGUGAAUCGCCCUCACCCUGGUGAUCAUCCUCUUCUGAUCAUCUUUAUGGUUGGAGGAGUGUCAGUCUCCGAGGUCAAAAUGGUGAAGGAUUUGGUAGCAACACGCAAACCUGGUACCCAGGUAAUUGUGCUCUCCUCUGUACUCCUGACACCACACAGUGCUGUUGAGUUGUUGUUUGCCUCAGACCAUCUCCAGCCUGACGCUCGUAUCUGAUGGGGGAGGCUGUGGAGAAGAUGAGUGCCUUGCCUGGAAACAUCAAAUCCCUGCUCUGUCACUCUUCUCAAUAGCCCUCCAAAAACUGAUGUGUCAACUGCUGCAAUUCCAGCUCCAGGUGAACCAGCUGGUAUCUGGCUGCAGCUCAUGGGCAGCUCUUCAAAAUGGUCCCGUUGUCCGACCAAACCUCCCCUCCUUGACGAUAGCACUGUGCAGUGCUGCAUCACUCCCAGCCUCACUCAGCAUGGUGAGGGUGGUUGUUUGUAAUAAUUCCCUAGCAAAGGAGCAGCUGAGAGCCAGGUGAUGCAUAAUUUGCAUUCCCCAAGCAGAAUAAUUUCUUCUGAUGGUUUUGCUGGGCUUGCUGGUGGGAAAUGCUGCUGAGGGAGUGAGAGGCUAGCAAAAUCCACCCUCUGUCAUGCAACCUUGCAAAAUGUAUGCCUUAUGUUAACAGCCUCUGCUCUUACUUUGUCCCUCACUCCAGAGAGAUGAUGGAACACAGCCCUGAUUUAGCUGGCACAGCAGCUCCCAGCCUGGCGAUGCUCUUUCAGCAGGACUGGUAGAGGCAGGGAAGCAGAGCCAGAUUCAAGGGCUGGGUUACAUGGCUGCUUCCCUCUCAGCUUUCCAUUUCCUGCUCUAGUUUCUCCACCCACAGUCCCAGAAGAAAAGACAGUUUCUGAUGGCACACAUCUCUGUAGAUUUACGCAGGAGGCCAUAUGGGCUGUGAUAGUUUGAUGAUAACCCCAAAAGAAUCCUCUCCUCACAUGCAUUUAAAAAAGAAAGAAAAAAAAAAAAAAAGGGCAUGAUCCCAUUUUCAAGAGGCCACAGCAUAGAUUCUUUUUUGAGCUAGAUUUCUGAAGAGCAUGAUUAGAAAACAGCUUUUAUUUUUAAUUUAUUAUCAUGAAAUAGCUGCAAUCAAAUUCAGUUAUGUAAUUUUUCUUUAUAAAACUUUGCUAAAAAUCUGUGAUGAAAGAGCAGCAACCAAUAGAGAUUUUAAUUGCAUAUAGCACUGAGAUUUCCAAAUUGCAACAUAAAAUGGUGGAGCUCUGAAGCUGCAUCCUCUUACUUCAUCCAAGUAAUGCUACAACUACAGCUUACGCUGAGAUGAGAAUGUGAAAUUAAGUGACAUUCACUCUACCAUAGCAUUCUUUAUUAUGCCAAAGGAGUAGAUUAAAUGGGAAGUAGUUUUUUAAAUUUUGUUCACUAGCUAGCAUUAGUUCUCCUAAAUGUUUAUAAUGGUCUUCAGAAAAGGGUGCAUUUUGGUUUAAGUUCGAUUUGAGUGGCUGGAAGGAAACAAUGGACUGCUUUUAAAGCAUGGACAAUGUCGCCUCUAUGGAGGACAAAUUUAUGAGAAUGACUAUAGAAUGGAACUUUGUGCUAUAAAAAAUGAGAAAUGCUAUGAGAUUGCAAUAUUAAAAGCUCAAGGAAUAGUUUGAAUAGAGCAACUGGAAAGCAAGUAGCUGGUCUCUUGGUUUUUCUGUCAUUCUGUACUGUUCAAUCUUUCUCAGAAUAUGGUUAUUUCAUAAAUUCUGUAAUCAAUAAAGCAAUGCUCUCACAAUGCCAGCAUGA